AUGACUGGCAUGUUCGAGUGUUGCAUGGCCGAGCCCAAGGGAUUCGAGCUGGAUCUACCAACUUGGAAGCUCGGCUACUGCAUCUCGAAAGUUCACUGGCAAGAGUUUCCAGACCGUGAGGAAGCAGAGCUCUGCUACCGACAGCUUUGCUGGUCUAGGGUGCUGUUGGAUCCUGCCGGAGUUGUAAUCCUCUGCACUACAGCAGUUCUGGACCUGAGAGGUGUUGGAGUUGCGAAGCUACUUGUUUCUGCCAAGGCAGGUUUUGAUCAGGUGGAGGAGAGCCCCCUCGCCGCCAUGGAGCAUGGGGAUGUUCCCUUCAUUCCGCCUGAGCGGUUCCCAGGCGUUCCAGGAGCUCUGCAGCUGGUAUGGGACAAAAUCGCGUUCAGAAGCUCCAUCAGUUUCUUCGGAUCAUUUGCAUCUUCAGACUCCCUUUGGUACUUUGAUGUCGAUGCGCACCCCGGCGUUCGUAACUACGUGGCGCUGACGAUUGACGACGCGCCCUGUCGGCUGAGUCCCAAGAACUCUAUGCUGCCUCAGGUUCGAUCCCUCUUAAAGCAGCAUGGUGCCCAGGCAACCUUCAUGCUCCUGGGCAAGUUCAUCGCAGGUAAUGAGGACGCUUUGGCUGACCUCCUGAAAGAUGGCCAUGAGCUGGGCAACCAUUGCCUUAUAGACAAGAGCUACAUGAACUGGCCUCUGGAAGAUUUUGAGGAUGCGGUUGAUGAGUGCUCCAGCCGCAUCACCAGCUUGCAGCGGAGCGCUGGCGUUGAAGAGGGCGUCCGGUGGUUUCGCGCUCCGCAUGGCAGGCUGAAUGCUGCCAUGUCUGGCAUCCUCAAGCGAAAAGGCUUGACUAAUGUGAUGAGUGAUACAUACGCGUGCUGCCCAGUUAUCCAGGAUGGUGACUUUAUUGGUAAGUUUCUAGGCAAAACAGCACAGCACGGCUCCAUCAUCGUAAUCCACAUGCCGGAGCGUGGCUUUCGCGAGUGGUGUUGGGUUGGCCUUCAAACUCUGUUAUGUCAGCUGCGUGAGCGUGGGUUAACGGCCGUGAGCCUCGGCAGGCGUGACAGUCGACUUGCUGUCUCUUUCAUCGAUCCUCCGGGCAUCGCUGGCUGGUCGGCAAAAGGUUGGAGCGUCAAUCACAUGGAUGGGGAACCUUGGUCCGACAUGUCGGACCACAUUCAGGGGUUGUUGGUUGUCUUCCGAGCCGCGUUGUUUGUCAGCUUCCUCAGUGUUAUCUCCUCUAAGCUUCCAAAGCCUCUGCGAGAAGCCACGGGAGCCGGGCCGCACUUCUCGGGCCCGGUACAGUUUCCCUUCUGCGAUUCUCCGAGGCAGAGGUGCCAGAGGCCACCAGAGCCAAGCCGUACAAGGUGCCCCUUGCCCUGCCCUGUCUUCGUGAUCAUCUAUUUGCGGUUUGUUUCGAGUCGACAUCGGGAGACCAGGGCUUUCCAGCGACAGCUGCAGGAGAUGUUCAUGGGAGCCCCCGAAGUGAGAGGUCAGCUACUUCGCCUGCUGCAUCUGCUGCUGCUCGACCCUCGUGAUUUGGCCAAGGUCGAGUUCUCAUUCGCCGUGGCUUUGGCAGUGGCUAGCCUGGGGGUGGUGGCCAUGCUUGUGGCCCUGAUCGUGUUCAACCACCUGGAAUGGCUCCUGGUGUUCGUGGACACUUUCUGGAAAGUCGGCUUCUACAUCUUCGGCUUCAUAGGAGUCCUCACAGUCAUCUCGGCCUUUGUCCACGACCACGACGUGGACAUGAUCCAGCGCUUCUGGCAGUUCCAGUACUCGAUCGUGGACAUCAAGAGCUGGCAGCCUCGAGGGUUCAUCCUUCAACCCCUGGGUUUGUACUUCCUCGGGGCCUUUCUCUUCGUGACACAGGUCCUCCUGAAAGAGCAGAUCCUGUGUGGGGAGGAGGUCAUGAAGUCCGAGUCCGAUGCAAGACGAUGCUUCUUCCUGGAGCAGGUUGACUGGCAGGUCGCAGCAAGCCUCGACCAUCUCCAUCGGGGGACUGCUCCGAAUGCCUCGUCCCUGGCCACGCCCUGGGGGCCUCCUCCUCCUCCUGCCUCCUCAGCCGCGAGUGCAAACUCAACGCGGCAGGGAUCAAGUACGAAGUCAGGUUCACUACGACCUGGAUGA